AGGGUGAGAUGAAAAUGUAACUGCAGUGGCUCUUCCCCUUUCUGUGUUCCCACAGGUUGGAAUUCCAAUGUUAAAGUGAAUUACAUAAAACCUUUUCAGAUUCUGCUGUGAAUCCUUGUGUUAUGAAUACUUUCCACAGAAAGGAUUUACCAGAAGAAAGGAUCUGUAUUUGAAUGUAAAGCUGUGUUAGAACAGCUGUAUUGAGGUGUAGCAUCAAGGGCACUUUCAGUGUCCCUAAUUCAGAUGACUUUUCAUCUCUAGAAGAAUAACCAGAGAAUUUUUUCUUACUUCUGCCAAUGAGUGUAUAAAUAGCAUGUUUGUCUAACAAUUGAACAAAAAUGCUUAAAAUUUAAGGGGUUUUAAUCAUAAAUUUGGAAUGUUUAUCUAGCAACAUAGACAUUGCUGCUGAGGUCAAUGGUUUUUCUAAGGAAUGCUCAAGAGCAAAGAUUAAAUGCAGUGUGUAUUUUCCCAGUGGAUUCAACACUGUGCUGUACACAAGCUGGUCACUUCAUUCUUUGUUCAGUAAGCUUUCAUUACAUCUGCCUUUAGAGGUAUUAGGGCUAAGUUAUGAUGUUAUCACAUCUCAGGAGUUUCAUUAAUGUAGUGGUCUGGAUUCUUUAGAUAUCCAACACUGCAAAUUAAGUGCCAAAGUCUGGAGAUUUCCAGACUGUUCCGUGGUACAUUGAAAUCACAAGAAGCUUCAGUGAUUCAGGCCCAGAUCAGCCCUGAGACUUUGUCCAAAGUGUUUUACAUUAUUGUAAUACAUUGUGAUAAUCUGAUUUCUUUUUCUUUAUCAGUGUCAUGAAAGACUCAAAUGCCAUUGUCUGCCGCAAGUGUUUUGAAAUGGAUCCCACCCAUCAUAAGCAUUCAGAAGGGUUACUUAAUUCCAUUGUGCCUGAGUUUUGAAAUAAAUGAGAUGGAAAAAAACAUUGUGAUCACAUCAAUGUGAUGGUAGACAAAUGUAGUCCAGUUUGCAAAGUUAGUCUUAAAUUUGACUUAUGCUAGAAAUUCUCCGGUGUAAUUAUGUUAAGGUUGUCUUUUCACCUAUUGUGUUUGCAGUAUAUAUUUGUAUCAGCUAAAACUCCAAUACAGAUGCAGUUAUAACAGCAAAACAGUUGUUGUGAUGAGUUUAUAAUAAAUGCAGGGAAGUGGAAAAGUAACUUAGCACCUUUGACUGCAGGGUUUUUUGAAACAGCAGAUAAAAAGUUGGAAUCACAGAUCAUUGCUAGAGUAAGUAGAGAAUGUUUCUGAAGUCCCUAAACGUUCAUCUGCUUAAUCACUACUGACUUGGGGUAGAUACAGUGAAAAUCGAGUUUCAGUAGAAAUGGUGUAGAACCAAUAGACAUUAAUAGCAAAUUUGGCUGUUAUGGAGCAAUUUUAUAAAACCAUGCUCUAAAAUGACAUAGAUUCCAGGUGGCAAUCCUACAAUAAAAUCUAUAUACUAUGCUAUACAAAAAUCCACUAUCUCAGAGGAUUCUCCGUACAGGCACAAAUAUAAGCCACAUAUUUUAGGAUCAAUGCUGCAGUCCCUCCGUUAAAACGUUGAGCACCUCUGAUACUGAGGAAAGGAUUAUGCGGUGUUAAUACAAAAUUAAAUCAACUCUGCUCGGCUUCCACAAGUAGAAGACAAAGUGGCUCUGUUGCCCUUCCGGGUAGAGCUAAGGUAAUAUUUACAAAUAAAAUUAUGUAUAAAACUAACAACAAUAGUCUAAAAAAGUAAGAUGAAAGUUAACAUCGGGUGGUGUUGGACAAAUUAUAAUCACAUAACAUAUCCCAAAUUACAAACAUGAUCCUGAGACAUUGAAGUGAUCGACAUUUGAUAGUUUGUGUACAGUCGCUGUGUUUAUUUUCUAUGGGGGCUAACAAUUUAUGUGGUUUCAAACUGGCUUUUAUUAUGUUGCAGCUGCUGCUUGCUGAAGCGAGUACUGACACUAGUGAGAUACGUGGCCACAUGUACCUGGGUUAUCAGCUCGAUGUGUGCAUCCACGCUUAGCUGAAGGAAUCAGAAAUCUGGUACGGUUUUUGUAGGCACACAGCUAGGAACAAGAGUGUGGCUCUUAACCAACUGGUCACUCGUGAUUGAAAUAUUAUACAUCUGAAGCAAAUGUGAAUACCUUACUCUAGCCACAGUUUACCAAGUUCAAGUGAACCUCUUGGAGGUACUAAAAGAAAAACAUGCCUACUAAUUCAAAAUACAAAACACAAGCAGAAAUAUUUUGCAAGAAGUCAAUGAGUCAUAUUUUCCUCAUAAAAUUGCUGAAACCAUUGUGCCCAGAAACAAUUAAAUAUGUGACUAGGGCUGGAAAAGUUUAGCCAUAAACACAAACAGACACCAGUUUUUUGUUUGUGGAGGAUGAAGGUCCUUUGGCUUGAGGAAUAUCCUAAUACCAACAGAGACAAAGCAGACCAUGCAGUUUGAGCGUGCUCAUGGCUGCAUAGAAGGUCAAAUGUUUGGCUCUGUGUGCCUGGAUACUUGGUAACACUGCAGGUUAAAUGCUAAUAGUUUAAUAUGGCAAAUCACUGAAACAGGGACAAACAUACUCUUUUAAUUUGAAGAAAAUGCUCAUUUGAUUUGUAUUAGAAAUACAUUUCUGAGACCUGAAUUCUCAGUCUUACAAAAUCCUUUGUAUUAAAGUGUUUGAGUCAAUUCGUAUGUGGUAGCUGGGAGAUCUGCUUGAGACUCACAAGCUUUGUAAGGCUUUUUCAAGACUCCUUUUGUUUUUAUCAGUAGUUCAGUGUUUCUCUUGCCCCAGCAAUAGACUCCUCCAGUUUGGUCUGGUAUUUUUAUGCUGUACAAAUGCCAGCCAUGAUAGCUACUGUAUUCACACUGUGCUUUUGGGGAAGAUUAAAAGAGAGGAAGUUCCUCUGCUCCCCAGGGUAUAAUCCCUGUGUUUAUGAGAGUUGGAGACACUGCCCUGCGCAGCAGAGGUUGCAGGUUUGAAGACAGAUUUGAACUCAGCUUUGUCAGAGGUCCUUACCUGAUUUAUUUCUAGCCUAAAGGGAGAGUUGAAUUUGAGAUGUGUCCAGAUGCUUUUUCUCAGGAGCAGUUGUAACAUAGCUCAACACUUCUGUACAGACACUCUGGCUAGCAAAACCCUCUGUUUAAACAACCGCAUUUAUAAAUCUUUCUUACAAAUAAAAUGUUGUCUUGACAUCCUACUUAUGGUCUUCUACUCAGAAGUGUGAAGUGAGCUGUAAGAUUUGUAGGUCGCUACAAAAAAUACAUACAAGUGGUAUUUGACUCCGUUGCUGUUAUUUCAAAGAAAGAAAGAUAACCCCUUUAAUGGUGCUUUCCUAACAUUAUUUAAAUUCUCUUCAUUCUUACAAGAAGGAGACGUGAAAAUGUGCUUAUGAAUUGCUUUUGGAAGUAGCUACAGGAGGACGUGACCCGGUCAGUGGCCUUGAGGCCUGAGCAUUGUGCAGUUCAACAAACAUCCCAUGAGAAUUUUUAAAUGCUUAUGGCUGUGGACAAGUGAGGUCCAGUUCAUCUCUCAUUUGCAACAGCACAUCUUCUUGGAGAGCUCUAUUUGAUUUAUAAAGAUGUGUGCAACAGGAUCAAGUCUAGGCAAUUUAAGCAAUUUUUUUCUUUCACCAGUGGAGUUUUGGGUGGUCUGUACAUUUCCAAGCUAAUGUUUCACAUCUAGAGCUCUGUACCACAGAGUUUUACCUCGGGAGUCUCCUCAUCAUUUUCCACUUUCUGAGCCUCUCAAGGGUCUGCCUCUUUUUGUUUGUUCCUUGUCUACAUGCUUUCAGUGUUGUGCUAUGCAGGCUUUAGGAGUUCUAUGAAAUCAGGAAAGCUUUUCCUGCACUUCCUUCCUCUUUUACCCAUGAACUAAGUUUCCCAGGUUAGAGAGCUGAAGAACAGAUCUUGGGAAUCUGACUUAGCCAUGAUGAGGGAUGUGGUCAAUAACCAUGAGGCUAUUCCCUUUAUUUCUUCUUUUGGCUGCUUGUUAUGCAAUUACAUUUUUCAGUAAGUUGCAUAUUUUUUUUCAGUCUAAUGAUCCUUUUGAUGGGGUGACUGUUCACAGGCUUACAAGCAGUGGAAAACUAGAGGAAAGAAUGGAAAAUAUUUCAAAACUUCAGCUGUGAUAUGAUGCAAGUACAGUCUCUGAUUAAGGGUGUAGAGGAGGCAUCCGUUCGAAGCAAGAGAACAUAAGUGCUGUACAGUUUGAUUAAAAGACAUAUGGCAGAAAACACAAUUCUCCAGAAAGCAAAAGAUUUUGACUGAUGGAAAACAGAGGACAGCAAUCCAAGAGCAAUCCUGGCAGAGGAGGAGUAUGAACCUGAAGUUUACUGUUGAAACUAGACUUCUGCCUUGGGCUUAAGUACCACGCUCAGCCAGUUCUACCAUUGACUUCAGUGUGGGUCUGCACAGAUGCAAAGAACUGCUUUUUUGGACCUGACUAAGUCUGGAGCUUAAGUAUUGUGCUGGCAUACAUAACGAUUUGGAAAUAUAGUGGUUGGCCUGAACUCCUUAAGCAGUGGGACAAUUACAGAAAUGUAGAGAGCCUGUGAAUUGAGGCUAAUCUGGCUUUACAUAGAGACUGACGGAGUUACUGACUGGCAGGCAUGUCAGUCAAACUCACAUUUGUGUCCCCCGGUGAUGGGGGUGGUAUCAGCAGGAGCUGUUCCUUCACUGGCUUCAGCACUGUGCAAAGCAGAAAACUGGCAAAGUCUCUCGGCAGAAGUUCAGUGAGAUCAAGAAUGUCACUGAAAUCCCCCAAGGCUUAUAACUCCCUGCAGAAAGGGGCAGUCAUCUGGGAUCCAAAGCCACUGCAGGUGAAGAAAAUUUUUGAAGCUUUGAAGAAAGGACUUAAUGAAUACUUGGAAGCACACCAGGCUGAACUGGAUUAUCUUUCUGGUCGACACAAAGAUACAAAAAGGAACUCCAGAUUGGCUUUCUACUAUGACCUGGAUAAGCAAAUCCGCUUGGUGGAGAGGUACAUCAGAAAACUGGAGUUUCACAUAAGCAAGGUAGAGGAACUCUAUGAAGCUUACUGUAUCCAGUGCAGACUACGAGAUGGCGCUGCGAAUAUGAAACAUGCCUUUUCCUUGUCUCCUUCCACCAAAGCCUCCAGAGAGAGUCUAGUGGAGCUUUACAAGAACUUCCAAGAGUGCACAGAGGACAUGUGCUUUAUAGAAGGGGCAUUGGAGGUCCAUUUGGGAGAGUUUCACUUGAAGAUGAAAGGGUUGGUGGGCUUUGCACGUCUCUGCCCAGGGGACCAGUAUGAGGUGUUUGUGCGACUGGGGCGCCAAAAAUGGAGGUUGAAAGGCAAGAUUGAGACUGAUGACAGCCAGACAUGGGAUGAAGAAGAAAAGAUCUUUAUACCGAAUCUCCAUGAGAAGCUUGAAAUCAAGGUGACAGAGCUACGAGGACUGGCCACUAUUCUAGUUGGUGUUGUGACGUGUGACAGCAUAAACUUCUUUACAACCAAGCCUCAGGCAAUCAUUGUGGACAUAACUGAACUGGGAACCAUCAAGCUACAGCUGGAGGUCCUCUGGAACCCCUUUGACACAGAAAACCUGUUCUUGUCACCUGGAACCACUGCCAAGUUUUCUGUGAGUAGCAGGAAAAGCUCAUUAUACAACUGGACCCCACCAAAUACUCCCAGCUUCAGAGAGAAAUACUACCUGUCUGUUUUGCAACAAAGGCAGAGCCAAGCGGAUGGAAGUGAUGCUCAGCCUCCCAGCAUACUGAGCUAUUUGGCUGCCUGUGAUUUCGAUGUGCAUAGGAGGAGCAAGCCUUGCACCCCGGCAGAGACAAGCGAGGCAGACUCGUUCAGCUCUGAGGAUCAGAAAGGGACGGAAUCCAGAACUGCAACUCCAGCUCUAGACCACAGGACGUUGCCAUUGGUGAUGAUCCAAGAGACUUGUGCAGAAGAGCGGCAGCAUCCUCUUCCAGAUCACACAACUCUGGAUAUCCUGAAGAAGACGCCGUGUGUGGAUGGAUUUCCAAGUAACCCACCGAGUUUUCGGAGUCGUCACAAAGGUGGAGAUUCUUUCCACCAGACCAGAACCCACCGUCUGACAGAGCAUGAAGACUUCAGCCAGAAAAGCUUGACUACUGCAAAUGACCUAAAGCUAGACGGACAUACAAAGUCAAUUGAUAAGACUCUCCAAGAAGUGUUGAAUUUGCUGAAAUCACACGAUGUGGUGCAAGCCCAGCUGGAGAAAUUGGAAUACCAGGUCUCAUCCCUGAGGGAUAAAUUAAAGCUAAAGCCACUUCAUCACAAACACUCAUCUAUGGAAAGCUUAAUGGUGGAGACAGUACUGGAAAGUUUUGACUUUUUAAACGCUGACUGCAGCGCUGAUGAGCUCUCGUUGUUCGGAAGCGUACGGACAGCCAGUAUCAGCACAUACAAUGACAACACACUGCAGUCCCUGAGCUGUGACAUGAGAACAGAAACAAGAGAUGUAACUACAGGUGAUGACAACUUAGACACACUAUUGGUAACUCAUCUGAAGCUGUGCAAAGGCCUUUUGCAGAAACUGAGCUCACCCACUGUAGCCCAGGUUGUCCAGAAGAGCAUCCUGGAAGAAGUGUCGGAGCAGACACGGGUCCUUGGUGAUGUCUUGGAUAUGUCUGUUGAAGAAAUUAUUCAGAAGACUAAAAAGAAGAAGCAGUACCUGAAGAUCUGGAGUGACCUUGCAGAGCCCAGCAGCAUCUUGUUUGCUUCAGCAGAAAGAUUCCGUCACGCACUAAAAUACACCCUGAUGCUCAAAGUGAAGGAGAAAUACCCCCGUCAGUUAGAAGCAGUGCUGCAGAGGUUGCUGGAGCAGAUUGUCACCUGUGAUGGGCUGCUCCCCUGCCUGCCCCUCCAACCAGAACUGGUGACUUCAUUCCAAUUUUACAGCUACCUGGAGAAGCACCACAUCACCAGCCUGGAGAAACACUUGGGAAAACUUGCUAAAGAAGUGAUGUUGAUCGAGGAGCUGCAGUGCCCUGGACGGCUGAAGACUCUUAAGAAGCUGAAAGGAAAGCGGCUGAACCGGCUCCAGCCGCUGCCGCAGACGUUGCGGCUCCUGGGGCUUCUGCAGCUGGAUGACAACCACCGCGUCAGCAAAGCGGCCACGGCCUGUCUGUGCCGUGCGGCGGCGAGCCGGAACUGCAGGGAAAAGGCUCUCUUGUUUUACACCGAUGCUUUAGCUGACUCUGACACAAGACUUCAGCAAGCUGCUUGUUUGGCUCUUAAAAACCUCAGAGGUGUUGAGAGCAUCGAGCAGGUUGCCCAGCUGUGCCAGUCCGAAGCAGAGGAAGUGAGGAAUGCAGCCAGAGAAACAACACUGUCCUUUGGUGAACAGGGCCGGCAAGCCUUUGAGAAGAUGGACAGGAUCUGCUGUGAACUCAGAGACACCGUACAGCAAGAGGCUGAAAUCGAAAUCACAGUGUUUUAGCAGCAGGGACAAGGAGCCACAUCGUGGUGUUCCCACAGCCACACAUGGGUACCUGAGGAGCUGGUUGUGGUGUUCAUCAAUACCUUGUUUACUUAUGCCCUGCUUAAGUAAGCACAGAUCUAUUCCCAAAGGGGCCGUUUGCAGUCUGCAUGAAGCAGGGGGGAAUACUUCUUUACUGUCUCAGCACAUGAUGAAAUACCAAGUGCUGGACAAAUGAAAACUGGGAUCUCUUAGAAUAUGGAACCAGGUUGAGUUAAACUCCCCACCUUACAGGAAUCAGCUGCCCCUGCUCAAGAGCUGUUUUUCCGUGAAGUUCUCUAUUUAUUCCUUAUAGAGGAGAGAAACGAUCCCUCUCCAGCAGUCCAUCUAGAAGCCAGCAGACACCAGGUCAUUUACAGCAACUGCCACAUCCAUCAAAGACUAGCCGGUGGUAUUGCUUGGUGUUUCCUUCCCUUGUACAGUUCAGUUGCAUAAGGAAAGCUUUAACAGCCAAUUUCAUCAUCAUUGCAGCUUAGGACAGGGGACUAAGCAAGGACUGACACAUGGAUCCUCAGCAGUUACUGUACCUGGCUUGUGCAGGUCUGAGAGACAUGGACAGCGCUGGAGAAGUUGGUUUGUUGUUGUUGGGUUUAAAAUGUAUUCAUUUAGCCAUAGGUCAAAACUUCUCAUAAUUAUACAGCAUUGUCAGGCUCCUUACUCAGCAUUGGCUACCCUCCAGUGAGCUCACUAAGAAGCCUGGCUUCAGGUAAAAUACUUGACAGGGUUUGGCUUUUGUGUGUAUAUAUUUUUAUACAUAACUUUUUCUAUUUAGUAUUUAUUUGUUGGAUUUCAUCCUGUUUUCUACAGUUCUAAUAAAGCAUUUGAGACAAGGUCCUGUGAGUGCUCCACAGUGCUGGGCACAGGCAGACAGGCCAGUAACCCCCAACUGGAAGGGAGGAUCUUACCUCUAGUCAGGGUGUCACACACCACUCCUGCGGUCGGUCUGUCACAGGUUCACACAGGCUGAGCUGCUGUGCUGCUGCCGGGGUUGAGUUUGGAGAUGUGCAGCUUGCUCACACAGCUGGAGGCUGUACUGAGGAGGGCUGGGUAGCAGGGUGUAGUGCUUGGGUCAUGCUGCACCAUAGCAAAGCAAAACCUCCCAGGCUGCUUACCUGUGCUGUGAUGCUUGCUUUUAAUGUACCGAUUUCUCUAAAAGCAGGGAAAAGAAGUUCUAACUUUGGGAAGCUCUUCACUGCCCCAGGCCUGUCUUCCCCACAGUGCCCUGUCCCUACAAAGGGACAGGGCAGCACAGUCACCUUUCUGCCUGCACAAAGCUCCUGUAUAUAACACCACUCCAUGCAGCUUUUGGCAGUUCUCAUUCCAAGCACCUCUUCUCCAGUUGUAGCCUCCCUUAAAGAUACAAACCAACAGGUAAAUAAGCCAACCACCACGGCAGUGUGAGAGUUGCAGGUUAGGGACAUAUGGGUCCACUACCCGGUGCCUGCCAACUGCAGCAGCCAGUUCCAGCACAACUGGAACUCUUUGAAAACCCUGUCCUUGAGUAUUACUACACUUGUGUUAUCACACUGAUUGCCUGGGCCAAAGUGGUUAAAAUUUAACUGUUUAAAGUGAAAGACUAGAGCAGGGAGACAGAUAUCCUCUCCCUGACAUGGCACUUGCUUCACUUACCUCUCUCUCUCACUGGAGCUCUGACCUACAUGUAAGUUCUUCCAGUAACAUUUAAAUCCCGUUCCUUGCCAGCCCUCACCCCAGGAGGAGGGGAAGCAACACCACUUGCACGGACCUUCUUUAAAAAAAGAGUUUUAUUGUUACAACUAAAAUGAGAACUGAAAACUCGUAUGGGAAAUCAUUGAAAAACUGUACAGGUUACCCAGAGACCUGCAACUGUUGUACCAAAACACUGAGCUUUUUUGGGGUUUUUCUUUUUUUUUUU